AUGGCUACUCCAUUCUCAUUUUCUGCGAACCCUAACCCCAGUCCCAGUCCCAGUCCACCACUACCUCAAUCGCCACCAACGCAAACACCACCACUACCUCAAUCGUCACCACCACAAACACCAGCACUACCUCAAUCGCCACCACCGCAAACACCACCACUACCCCAAAACCAAACACCAACCCUCAUUCUGCCGACCCCCCUUUCGCCACAAAAUGCGCCACAAAAUGAAACACCCAUUUUCGAAACUCAAUUUCAAGAACCAAUGUCUGAACCUGCGCCAACUCAAACCAAAUCUAAAGGUAAAACCAAAAUGGUUGUGGGUAGACCCAAGAAAGCCACUGUCGAAAAAAGAAAAGGAAACUCCUCUGUUCCUUUGGACUUAAACUCUCCACCUCAACUUCCCUCUGAACAAUUCAGUAAAAGAACUAGGUCCUCAUCGCAAAUUUCAUCACCAACGGUUCAAAUCCCUGUAUCUCAGUCACCCUUAAACUCUUCCCAGCCUGCCACUACUCCAGUAGCACCUGCGUCAUCUGCCAAUGAUAUAGAGGAGGUACUUUCUCCAUUACCUUGGGCUUUUAAAGAUAUGGAUAUGAAAAAUGCUUAUGAGAGUUUAGCUUCUAAGCCUAUUUUGGCAAACAAAUAUAUGGAUGAGCCGAUUUUAAAAGAGUUAGGCAUUUAUGACUCUAUAUUUGCUUACUUAGAUGCUGUCAACUGGACUAAGUUUGCUAGAAUUAGGGAACCAGUCUUUGAUGCUAGUCCAUAUAAGCUACUGCCAGUGUUUGAUGAAUCAUUUAUAGACAGCACAAUGUUGCUACACAUGGAUCUUUGUGAGAAAGUAGGACAUACUUAUGUUUUGUUACAGCAGCAUGCUGAUGCCAGUGGUACUGCAGAAACAAAUACCUUUGCACCAGCAGAACCUCAAACAGCCACUGCCUCGCAGUUUUCAAUAGAUAUUUUGUCCCUCCUAAGAUCCUUGGAAUCCAAAGUAGCCAGUUUCACUGUCCAACCAUCUGUUCCCUCACCUGAUACCAUAGAUAUCCUUGCAACCUUGAAGAGCUUAGAAGUUAAAAUUGAUACCAUGGGUCAGCAGCAGGAAAUGAAAGACCCCACAGAAAAUUUGGAAACUGCUUAUGAAGCUUCAGAUCACAAUGAACCUACUGCAGAACCUGGAGCAGACCCUGAUGCAGCAACAAAGCCUUGA